AAAGGAUAUAGUAGUUGUUUAAACUACUGCAUAUGAACAAGAUGUCUAUGAAAUGGCUCUUGCUUCUGCAGCUGUUACAGCUCACUUGCUAUUUUACCUCUGGGAGUUGUGGAAAGGUGCUGGUGUGGCCAGUGGAAUUUAGUCACUGGAUGAAUAUGAAGACAAUUCUGGAUGAACUUGUGACGAGGGGUCAUGAAGUGACUGUACUGGAAUCUUCAGCUUCCAGUCUUAUUGAUCCCAACAAACCAUUGGCUAUGAAAUUUGAGACUUUCCCUGUAUCUUUUACUAAAGAUGAUUUUCAGGCUGUUGCCAAGAUUUUGAUUGAGACAUGGAUGCUUGUGGUGAAAGAAUCCCUUUGGACCCAUCUUUCAACAAUACAAAGUCUAUUUGAUGAAUUUUCUGAUAUUGGUGUGAAGAUAUGUAAAGAAGCUGUUUCAAACAAGAAACUUAUGAAAAAACUACAGGAAUCGAAGUUUGAUGUCGUUCUUGCAGAUGCUGUUGGACCCUGUGGAGAGCUGCUGGCUGAGAUACUUAAAGUGCCUUUAGUAUACAGCCUCUACUUCUCACCUGGCUAUUCAGUUGAAAAGAGGAGUGGAAAACUUUCAUUUCCACCAUCCUAUGUACCUGUUAUGAUGUCUGAAUUAAGUGAUCACAUGACAUUCAUAGAGAGGGUCAAAAAUAUGAUAUAUGUACUUUAUUUUGACUACUGGUUUCAGCUGUUCGAUGAGAAGUGGAAUCGGUUUUACAGUGAAGUACUAGGAAGGUCCACUACAUUAUCAGAGUUGAUGGGGAAAGCUGAAAUGUGGCUUAUUCGAAACUAUUGGGAUUUUUCAUUUCCUCGCCCACGGCUACCAAAUGUUGAAUUUGUAGGAGGCCUCCACUGCAAACCUGCCAAACCCCUGCCUAAGGAAAUGGAAGAAUUUGUGCAGAGCUCUGGAGAACAUGGUAUUGUGGUGUUUUCGUUGGGGUCAAUGGUCAGUAACAUGUCAGAAGAAAGAGCCAAUGUGAUUGCAUCAGCCCUUGCCCAGAUUCCACAAAAGGUUCUAUGGAGAUACGAUGGCAAGAAACCAGACACCUUAGGACCCAAUACUCGGCUGUAUAAGUGGAUGCCCCAGAACGACCUUCUUGGUCAUCCAAAAACCAAAGCCUUUAUAACUCAUGGUGGAAGCAAUGGCAUUUAUGAAGCCAUCUACCACGGAAUCCCUAUGGUGGGCCUUCCUUUGUUUGCUGAUCAACCUCAUAACAUUGUUCAUAUGACUGCUAAGGGAGCAGCUAUCAGACUGGACUUGGAAACAAUGUCAACAGAAGAUUUGCUCAAUGCAUUGAAAGAAGUCAUUAAUAAUCCUUUCUACAAAGAGAAUGUCAUGAGGUUAUCAGCCAUUCAACAUGAUCAGCCUAUGAAACCCUUGGACCGAGCAAUCUUCUGGAUUGAAUUUGUCAUGCGGCACAAAGGAGCCAAGCACCUGCGGCCAGCCGCCCACAACCUCACCUGGUUCCAGUACCACUCUCUGGAUGUGAUUGGGUUUCUGCUGGCCUGUGUGGCAACUGUUGUAUUUGUCAUUACAAAGUGUUGUCUAUUUUGUUGCCGGAAGUUUGCUAGCAUAGGAAAGAAGGGGAAAAGAGACUAG